AGUUUUUCAGAAUUUUCAGAAAAAUAAUAAAAGAAUUGGAAACUUAUGAGCACUUUUGAUUUACAGAAAUCGAAAAAAUUAUGCGAAGGCAUAGCUCUUCAAAAAACAGUUGGCUCUGUUAAUGACGUAGAAGCGCCUGGGCAGAGGCACAUGAUAAUCCUAAACUAUUCGUCCAUAUAUAGGAGAUAGGAUUUCAUAGUGAAACACAGUCAGCUGUUGGUUAGAGCAAAGCGGUAAAACACCUGCGGGGCUUAUGAAUAACGGAGAUAACUUAUUUCAAUUAGAUGCAGUCAGUGUCUCAUUUAGACAGAAACAAAGUCAGAAGCAUGGAGAAAAACCUUGUGCCAAUAACUCAAAUCAAAUCAGGUCGUCUUCUCAAUAUACCUUGUGCAGUGUGUGGUGAUAAUUCUUCUGGCAAGCACUAUGGCGUUUAUGCAUGUGAUGGGUGCAGUGGAUUUUUCAAAAGAAGUAUUCGAAAAGAUCGGCGAUAUACAUGUCGACAAGCUCAGCAUUCAAAAGACAGCAUCGAGGCAGGCAGCUCUGUUUUAUGUCCAGUUGACAAAAUGCAUCGAAACCAAUGCAGACAUUGCCGCUUGCAGAAAUGCUUUCAAGUCCGGAUGAACAAAGACGCUGUCCAGCAUGAACGGGGACCGAGAAAUUCCACCUUGAAAAAACAACAACUACAGACAUCAAUAUCUCGGCCCAGCUCCUCAAGCUCGCUGGCAAUUAGUCACUUUGGAAACAGCUACGUCACAUCUGACAUCAUGAAUGCCCUUUUAAAGGCUGAACCAAGUGGCAUUGGCAAAGGAAAGAAAAGUCAUUGCAUUGAAGACAUAUUAUACGACAGAAAAUAUGAAAAGAGGUCUGGGAACGAAUCACAGUACAGUGAGCAAUGGCUUAAUGAAUCGGCCGCAAGACUGCUGUUUCUUGUCGUUCAAUGGGCGCGCCAACUCCCGAUGUUUCUAAGCCUUUCUCUCAGAGACCAGAUAUAUCUUCUUGAAGAGAGUUGGACCGAGCUAUUCACCCUUGCUGCCUCACAGUGGCCACUCUUACCCAGUCCUCUGGUUACAGCGGCAAUCAAGGGCAAUCGGAGCGAAGAUGCUAUCGAAACUGUGCAUGCAUUUGAUGAGAUCAUAGAAAGAUUUCAUUGUCUUAGAGCUGAUACCAGUGAAUACUCUUGCAUCAAAGCUAUUUGCUUAUUUGAGCCAGCAACCUCAGGCUUAACAGAUGCAAGAUCAGUUGAGGUGAUUCAAGAUCGCUGUCAGACAGCUCUCUCUGACUACAUUCGUGCGCAGCAUCCUUCUGAUUCACGAAGAUUCGGAAAACUUUUAUUGCUGCUAACAAAUCUGCGAAGAAUCAAUGGAAAGUACAUUCAAGAUAUGUUUUUUGAAGGGACAAUCGGUGAUGUACCGGUUGAGAGUCUAAUUUGUGAUUUAAUAAAAGACGUAUAAGUAAAACUGGUUGCGCCAAAAUGUUGGCCCGGAAAAUGCCGAUUUGUCAAUAUAGGACUUAUUUAUCUGUAUUGUGACGUAGUCAUUUUUAAGAGUAAUGUGAAUCGCUGUAUAAAUCUUAACGUUGAUUUCGGUUAUUCCGUAAAUUUAUUCAGGUGCUGAAAUUAUCGGGCAAUGACAGAAAGUUAUAUGGAUAGAAUAGUAUUACUGUUAUCGUUAAUUCUCAGAUCAAGAUUAUGUACCAGAUUCUAAAUAAUUACUCGCUAUUUGAUGCUAAUACAUCGUUCCACCCAAGUUUAUACUAUUUCGUGACAAAGGCAGCUGCAAAGAUUUCUAGCACUGUUUUUAGCAUAAAAUCUCCCUUAACUGUGUAUUAACCUAAUCUGUCUUCAGGUCACCUGAUAACAAAAAAAUUACUUCUACAAAUUUUGCCUUUUAACAGACAGCAUGCUUUACAUCGAGGUAUCGUUACAUCACUUUGGGUAGAACAGUAUGGAGAUAAGGCGAAAAGAUCUUUUCUUAGUAGAAAGGGAGAGAGUGCAAAAAUAGAGGAGAGAGGAGAACAUAGAUCACUUAUGGUCGUCUCUCUUGAAUACGACAUUAUAUUUUCCAUUUCACAACCCUCUUCUCUUUUUUUCACUAUUCUACCCUUUUCUCCUUAAAAAUUCUCCCUUCUCAAUUUGGGAGCCUUUAUGUUGGAAGCAAUAGAUCUUCAAAAAACUAUCCUGAAAUCCCCCCAGGCAAUUUAUUCUCUAGGAACACAACUUCAAACUUAAC